CUUCACCGGAAAUAAUUGCGGUCUGAAAGGAAAACACUCAUAAAAAAAAUAAUAAGAGGUUUUGAGGAAAUGACAACUUUCAAAGACGAUGAUAACCCAGAGUCAGUCAGGCUACGAUAAACUCAUCAGAAUCUGCUAAAGCUUCGAUCUUUUUCGGUUUGCGACAAGCCUAAGACGAUGUUCGUCUAAACCCAUUCGAGAAAUUGCAAAAAAGUUUUGAUUUUUAGUUGUCUUGUUAAAUCCGAUCUGACGAGGCCUUCAUCGACUGUUGUUCACGGGACUUCUAAUGGAUGAAACAACAGAGCAGCGCCCACCUGCUGCUUCCUUUUCAUAUUCAAAUUGGGUUUCCAACGUCAAGAAAUCGACGAAAGAAGCUUAUGAAUCAAAGCCCCAUUCACAUUGGAUUCUCCUGACUCUCAGCUGCACGUCAAUGCUCACGGCCUUCCCAGCUUCUAGUCUACUCUCUCGUCUUUACUUCUCGAACGGCGGCCAGAGCAAAUGGAUCAUCUCUUGGGUCGCCGUCGCUGGAUGGCCAAUCACUUGUCUCAUCUUGCUUCCUUUAUACAUCUUCCGAAAGAUCAAACCAACACCUCUCAACGCAAAGCUCCUUCUUUCUUACACCCUCCUCGGCUUCUUGAGCGCCGCGGAUAACCUUAUGUACGCUUACGCCUACGCCUACCUCCCCGCGUCGACCUCUUCUCUUCUGGCGUCCUCUUCCCUCGCCUUCUCCGCUUUGUUCGGCUACCUCAUCGUCAAAAACCCCAUGAACGCUUCUGUCAUCAACUCCAUUGUGAUAAUAACUGGCGCCAUGGCUAUCAUAGCGCUGGAUUCUAGCUCUGACCGGUAUGAUUACGUCACCAACCGCCAGUACUUUGCCGGUUUCUUUUGGGACAUUAUGGGGUCCGCGCUCCACGGGCUCAUUUUCGCCUUGUCGGAGCUUGUGUUCGUGAAGCUGCUGGGGAGGAGGUUCUUCCACGUGGCUUUGGAGCAGCAGGUGAUGGUUUCGCUGGUGGCGUUUGCGUUUACCACUCUCGGGAUGGUUUUGAGCAGAGAUUUCCAAGGGAUGGCUCGUGAGGCCAAGAGUUUCGAAGGCGGGGAGUCUCGGUACGUUCAGGUUCUUGUCUGGAGCGCGGUCACGUUUCAGCUGGGCGUUCUUGGGGCCACUGCUGUCUUGUUUCUGGCGUCCACGGUCAUGGCAGGAGUGCUUAACGCCGUGAGAGUGCCCAUUACUAGUAUAGCAGCUGUGAUAUUGAUGCAUGAUCCGAUGAGUGGGUUUAAGAUUCUGUCGUUGAUCUUGACGUUUUGGGGAUUCAGCUCUUACAUCUACGGGAGCUCGAGCCCAACCCCAAGUACUCAAGCUGCUUCCUCUUCUUCCUAGUUUGCAGCCUGUUCCUCUGUUUUCUAUUCCUAAGAUUGUGAUCUGAUUCAUGUAAUAUAUGAUUAUGUUGCGGCUACUAAAGUUGUAAGCUGAUGGAUCUGAUGAUCUCGUCGUGGAACAAGUUUUAUGUGUAGCAAAAACAUUAGAGAU